AUGUUACCAGUGAUCAGUCUGAAUGAAGCUCUGAGAGACUCGCCUCUCUUCAGAGAACGUCUACGUGAAAAUGAACAAAACAUAGAUGAGCUGGAAAAUAAAAUCGACCGCACAGUGAAGGGCUGCAUGGCCAUGAUAGAACAAGGGAGACAAUACAACACUUCGAUGAAGAUAUUCUUCGACGCCCUUGAUGAUCUCUCGAGCCACUUCAAGGACAACGCGCAGAUACAGGCUUGGAUCGAUGAUAUCAUCAAAAUAGGACGUGACAUCAUAGAGUUUGGAUCGAUUUUGGUGGACCACGGAGAACGUAGUUUUGCAAAAACUCUCACGACCUUCCUUAAGAGUGACGUGAAAAAACUCAAGGAAUCUCGGAGUGCUUUCCUGAAAAUCUCGCUAGAACUGGACGGAUCCUUGAAUCGCUAUGCGCAGCUUCCUAGGAAUAAAUGUUCUGAAGUUGAAGAAACAGGGAAGUUACUCACAGCAAACAGGACCUGCUUCCAACACACUGCCAUAGAAUACGUAGGACAGAUGAGUAAAGUUCAAUCAGCCAAAUCUCAUAAGGUAAUGGAGGCUCUGCUCGGUCAAAUGCAGGCCUUCAGGACGUAUCAUUCGCAAGCGUUGAAAACAUUCACUGAACACGAACCCAAACUCGAGGAGGCAUCCAAAUACUUCGGCUCCAGGCGGAAUAGUCACGAGAAAGAAUGGAUGACGCUUUCGAGAGAAUUAGAAACUUACCUGAGACAAGUUUCCGGCGAACCCGAUUGUCCGCUCCCCCUCGGUGAGGGUCUUUUGGAAGGAUACCUGUUCAAGAAAACGACAAGUGCUUUCAAGACAUGGAACCGACGGUGGUUCGUACUAGAGAACGGGCGGUUGUCGUACAGGAAACGUGAUUCGGAAAACAGAAAUCUGACCGUCAUGGAAGAGGACUUGCGUUUAUGUUUAGUGAAAGUAUUGAUCGGUGGGGAUCGGCGACAUUGUUUCGAGGUUGUGUCGCCGCACAAGAGUCACAUGCUCCAAGCUGAUUCGGAGAAAUCGCAGAAACUCUGGGUCGAAACUAUCAAGAAAGGUAUAAACAAGGCGCACAAUAUGAAUUUCGAGGAGCUCGCGGUGCCGCCUCCAUCGGUAUCGGCUGGAGGCAAUGAGAGGUGCGUUGAUUGCGGCUCCCCUAAGCCAGAAUGGGCAAUCGUGAAUAUCGGGGCGACUUUAUGCAUCGAAUGCUCUGGAAUUCACCGAUCUCUGGGGGUUCAUAUAUCCAAGGUUCGAUCACUGAAACUAGACUCGUGGGAAGGCGAGACCGUGAAAAUUAUGGAAAGACUUGGUAAUACCGCAGUGAAUAAGAUACUCGAGUAUUCUUGUGAGGAAUCUCCUAAGGCCACGCACGAUUCCGAUAGGUCCUCCAGAGAAGAGUGGAUCCGGCUGAAAUACGUAGAAAAAUCUUUUGUGAAACCCCUCGUGCCGGAUGGAGACAAAGAAAUUUAUAGGCGGUGGACGGUCAUGAAUUCAAGAACGCGGAUGCGGUGGGUCAUCGGUCACGGCGUAUCUGAUGCGAGCUGAUCCUUAUCAUGGUCACGGCGUCUAAGCCUUCCCCUCUCAUCUCAGGUUCUUGUUCCACAGGCUCCGAGUCGAAUCUUCGACAUGAGCGAGUUAAGCCCCUCCAAGCUGCUGUACGAAGCUGCUGGUGUCGAUGACUUACACUUGAUGCUCCACGCCUUGGCCCUGGGCGGGAAUCCAAACUACCACUGUGCUGAAGAUCAUGAUAGGACACCGCUGCAUAGGGCGAUCAUGGGUGGACCGUGGGUUUCGGCAGCUGAGCUCCUCCUCUUGAAUGGCGCUCAACAUACUGCUGUCGAUGGGGAUCGUAGAACUCCGUUGCAUAUGGCAUCCCAAGUGAGCUCCGUCGCCCUUGUGGGUCUUCUCCUCAAAAAGGGAGCCGACAGAGAUGCUCUCGAUCGCGAUGGGAACUCCGCCCUCUCCCUGGCCGUAGCGAAUGGUAACGCCGAGAUCGUCACUCUCAUACGUCUGGAUAAAUUCCGCGAAGAUCUGAAAUUGGAAGAUUCAGAUUUCACCGGUGGGGACGACGUGUUCGAGCAAGUGAUGCGGGACUUCAGCAGUAAAACAGGCUCCAGCAUUGGGGAUCAGACAUCGGAGAAGACCACUUGACGGGUCUCAGGCACCAGGACAUCUGCAGCUCGGAACGAAUGCUAUAAUUUCCUCUCAGCAAGCAAUUUCAUCCAAAGGUCACGGAUUGAGUGGAGUCGGACGCUUGUAGAAGGGGAUGUCAAGUCGUUUUCAGAUUUCCCAGAUGCUCGAGUAUCAGCGCUCAAUUCUGUCCAACCACCGAGCGUCGCGGCGUAUGGAUCUUCUCCCGCAGGACAAUGAACCAAAGAGGCCUUUAGCACGGAAGAGGAGAGAGGCUCGAAAUUUCGAGCGAAUAUUCCAAGCUCACUUGACAUUCCCGUGCACGUUCUCCGCAUACGCUGAAAAAAAAUGAGCGACCGAGAAAAUCUGAAUAAACUGAUCGUU